GUUGUCAUAAUGUCAUUGACAGUCAUUCUAAUUCAUUUCAUUGUCAUCCGCGAUGGCGAAUAUCGUUUUAUUAACUUUUCUCUUUUUGUUGUCGACUUUUUGCAGAACAGACGCAGUCUAAUCUAAGCAAUAAAGUCGUAACAAGAUAGUAUCCUACUCUAAACAGAGUAUAAAUAAUAUUAGUUGACUAAUCUGUGAAGGAACAAUGACUAAGGCGUGACCAAGGCGCUCCAUCAAAUGACUAGUACCUUUAUAACCACAAUGUUUGUCUCGCAAGAAAGGAAUAGUAACAAGAAAAAAUUUCAGAAACCAAAUAUACUCAGGAGAAAACCAAAGACACCAGUGCGAUUGUCUGAGACAUUGAAUGAAUCUCAUUCAAUAGGAUCUCCUAUCACAAUACCUGAUGUAACUAAUGCAACAUUAAGAGGUACAAUUUUUGAAGAUCUACAACUAGAAAAUAUGGCUGGAGAAUGUGGGAAUCCAUCCGAAACUGAUGAUAAAGAAUCCACACAAAGCUUUAAUGUAGAGAAUACACUUUUAUAUGGGCAGAUGGAAAAUAAUUCUAAGAUUAAUCCAAAGCAAAACAGUAGUCAAGGUUUUAAUGGGAGUGGUUUGCUAGUGAACAUGGUAAAUUAUGGUGAAGAAAAUUCUGUGCAAUCAACAGUCAAUGUAGAGUCAUUCUUUAACAGUGGACAAAAUGGACAGAAUUUAAUGUUGUUUAAAUUAGACCCCAAACAGGAGAUGCAAUCUUUCUUAAUUAUAGAUGGUGAAUCUCAUAAAAAUGCUAUAUAUGGCGAGCAAAGCGAUGAUCUCAUUACAAGCAUGGUGCCUAUGUCCGCCAUAACCACUUCAAGUAAAAAGUCACUAUCAGAAACACAGGAGCAGACUUCUGCAGUAGUGCCUGUUCAGGAAUUAAUUCAGAAGUACACCAUUCGACCAAAAAAAUUUAAGUGUGAUAUACCUGAUUGCAAUAAGGAAUUCAGAAGUGAACAAACAUGGCAGAAGCAUAAAAAUGUUCAUAACAAAGAUGGAACUACCCGAGUCCCACGGCAAGUGACGUCAGAGUGUCCAGUGAAGAAAAUAAAUGCCGAUGGUACCGAACAGAGUUGUGGGAAAAUAUACCUGAUACGUGAGCAAUUAUUGAAACAUCUGAAAGAAGAUCACACCAUUGAAGAUGCUGCUUACAGAUGCGAGCAAUGCGGCCGUCAGUUCUUCUGGGCGACGGGUUUGCGUGCGCACGCGCGGUCGCACUCGCCGCGGGCGCGCGCGGCCGCGUCGCUGGCGUGCGGCUGGCCCGGCUGCGGCCGCGUGUUCUCGCAGCCCUGCCGCCUGCGCGAGCACGCCCGCGCGCACACCGGGGACAAGCCCUACCCCUGUCUGUAUCCGAACUGUGGCGCGUCGUUCCGCUCGGCCAGCAAGCUGGAGCGGCACGCGCGGCGCCACACGGGGCUCCGGCGGCACGCGUGCGGCACGUGCGGCCGCGCCUUCCUCCGCCGCGAGCACCUGCGCGACCACGCCGCCCGCCAACACGCGCCCAAACCGCACAACCUGAUCGCUUCUCCGCACGCAGAAUGCGGGCAGGUAUUUGAAGAGCCGGACGCCUUAGAAGCGCAUAUAGGCAGCGCUCACGUUUCUGAAGAGAGUGUCCCCUCUCAGUCUGAUGUUGUGGACAACAGCCUGGAUUACAUGUUCCUGACCGUAGAAAGCAAAGAAGACGCGACGGAUCCGCAAGAUAUGGAAGCGAAAUCGGUCGAUUUAGAAGAGGGGGUGGAGACAGGAGUGUCGGACAGCGUGCUGGCGGCGGCGGGGUGCGCGGGGGGCGAGGAGUGGGGCGUGGCGCAGUCUGCGGCCGGCAGCCGCGCCGCGCGCACGCACUGCCCGUGGCCGCUCGCCGUGCAUUAUCAGACCGACGACGACAUCACUACGGAACAGCCAGAGGGGUCGGAGAGCAACAUUUACACAGUCCGCAGUGAUCUCUUCCUGCACGGAAACGUACUGAUAAACGAGGACAGUGUACAAAUGGGCGGCGCCGUGGAGAGCGCGGAGCCUGAGAGCGCAGGAGACGAGCUCGGCUUGGGGCUACUCGAGCAUCCGCACAUCGAUCUCAUGCAGGAAGAAAUGAUGUUCACAGUUUGGCAAUAAUUGACGACCUUAGAACUACAAGGGUAAUGAAGCUGAAUCUUUUCUACCUAAUCUUAGAUAUCUUUAUGAGCAAUAGUCAUAGGUUCUAAUAUCAUUACUUAAUUGGUGUUCAAUGUUCAGUCUUGUAUGUCACUUUAAACUCUUUUUAGAUCAAGACCAUAUGUAGUUAGAUACAUCCAAUAAUAUAGGGAUAAAUAAUAUUUUUUACAGUAAACAUCACUUAGCUAUCCAUUGUAAUUUCGUUUCUAUGAAAAACCUGUCGAACGGCCAUUUUGUAUUGCCUUUCCUUAUUAAGCACAUAAAUGAGACAUGGACGACAAUAUAUUUUGUAAUUAAUAUGAAGUUUGUAUUGUACAAGUCAGUGCUAAGUGAUGUAUUUUACUGUAAAAUUAUUAGUUGUUAGAAUUGAGAGAAAAUGAACAUUGUGGUGUUAGUAAAAUUAUGCUGUGCCAAUAAUCCUUGAUAUUCACAUCAUGACUGCAAUGGAAGUCCGAUUGUGGUUUGACAUUGAUUCCGAUUAUUUGCAUCUAAAGAAGUAAACGAGACUUUGGCAAAUAUAUUUAUUAUGGGACCGUCGAAUUCAAGAAUGAGGCAGUGGAUGGGUAGGUGGUGGGGUCACAUAAAAUAAACCUUAGUAAAUACAUAAACUUUAUAUGUAAAUUGAGAAACAAUGAAAAAUACAUU